AUGGACGAUCCAUGGGGCUCCCCGUGGGCAUCAUCUACCGACAAUACAAAUGCGCCUUCCACCAGUCCCUCCAAGACUAUCAUCGAACCUCCACCACCCGCCUUCCUCUCCACCCCGAGCAACCUGAACCUACCUUCCAGCCAGUCAGCCUGGCUCGACGACGAUGCCUUUGGCGAUUGGGCAUCCCCUGACCCCGGACAGGCUGCGAAUGCAUCUCCGUGGACUUGGGGCAACGAUGCCACGCCAAUCGAAGGUCUGACACCGAGCUAUGAGCCCAAGCCUAGAAGGAAGAGCAGCACACCCAGGUGGCCUCGAAGCCGAUCACCCUCGCCGGGACUGAGACCUCCCAUUACUCCCAACACCGCCCCUCACAGCGCUUCCCCCGGCCAGCCUUCACCUGACCCCUGGGCGAACCACGUAUCGACCUAUACAAGAGACGACCCCGAACCCUUGGCCGAUCUUCCCCAGAUACCAGACGUCCCGCCGCUUGUGCUCGAGCAAGCGCAGAUCGGUCUGGGCUUAAAGAAUACGCCCAAUGCGUUUGAAAGGGAAUUCAUUGCCCAUACGCCAAUAACUACACAAUUCGCCGAACCUCUUGCCGACCCCUCACACGAAUACCUACAGUUCAGCGAUACUCCGAUUUUCGAUCGAUUCCCAACUACUCCCAAGCACGAUCACGAUGUCGCUCAUUCAUCAGCCUCGGCCUCAGCCUCGUCUGACAACGAUGACGAACACGACGGACAGACAGGCGCGAGGCACGCUGACUCCCCUAUAACCUCUAUCGAAGACAAUACGUUACCGAAACCUACGCAGAGGAAAGCCUCUGGCAAGGUUCUGGAGCUCGUUGAGAUGUACGACGGCAUUGCCAAGCGAAACACAGAUUCCCCCGAGAGGGCGCCUUCAUUACGCCGUAGUGUAAGCCGAGGGCCCGACAUUGGCUCAGGAGAUUUACCCUGCCAGAGAACUACCGAAGACUACCUGGCAGAAGAGGAUCAGGAGCAAAUGGAAUCUCGCGACACGCUGGAGCCGACCGCAAAGGAAUCACUGGAUAAAGGGAGCAAAGUUGAAGAGGAGACCAUCAAGAUUGACAAGCCAACACGCCCAGAACACGAGCCCUUCAAGGUUGACCUUCAACACCUUGAAGCUCUCCUGCUAGACGUCUCCUUGCAUGAAUCAGUUUCACCCGAAGAUGUACCGGAUCGAGUCAUACACGACAGCUUCGUGAGCAUCUCCGAGCGCAAGAUGUGGUAUCGAUUGUCCCGCCAUGAGUCUUUGCGCAAGCACAAUGCGGGAGACGACGACAAUUAUGUCCGAAUCAACUGGACGAAUUCCACUCUCCGGCAAGAAACGUUGAAAACUGUUCGUCGUUGGAUAGAGGAAGAUUCGUUCGGAGGACGACCUUUCCGAGGAGGACUGGCACGAAAUGCGGGCGGCAAAAGCUUCGGCUGGGACGCGACUACAGCAGCAUCUCCGGUCGAUCUCGACAGAGUAUUCGGCCGUAAGGCAAAGCGGAAAGCGUCCAUCCACCGUCCAACACAUUCAAUAAGCGGCCUGCCCUCGCUAUCGGCAGCUCCUAUUCUCCCUGGCUCUACGGGGAGCACGCCAGCCAUGGGACAAAGCAACGACAAUUGGGAGGGUCUGGCGACGUUUGGCUGGAGCAGCGGGCCUGGGGAUAUAAAACCACCAUCGGGAACGGCGAUGCAAAAGCCUCAGGCUACGGGUAUACCACUACCUCUGGCCUUCACUGGGUUUGACAACGCGCCAAAGUCACAUGCGUCCCUCCCGGCGUUCAUCAAGCCGACCGCGCCGACACCUCCACCAGCACUCAGCGCUACGAGCUUAAAGGAGAUUGAGGGUGCGGAUGCGGGUGUAGAUGCGGAUGACGAUGAAUGGGGAGACAUGGUUUCUCCAACGACGGCUGAAGCAACGGAUUCCACUUCCCUUCCCAAGACUAGCUGGGAUUCAUUCUCGACCAACCCACUAGCCGAAGUCACGAGCAUGCCGCCUCCCGAUGCCUUCCUGACUAGCAGUCACCCGGGAGCCGAUGCACUCCGCACCGGGAAUAACAAAGAAAAUGAUUCCCGUAACAAAUCAGGACUGUGGGAUAUUGGCAAUGUCAUCAGCAGCCCCACCCCCGCCUCCACAAUGUCUGCGGCAGCAAGUAUACCCCAAAGCCAAGACGGCCCUCUCAGCCCGCCAGCAUCUGCGAAUACAUACACAUUCAGACCGGCGUCUACGGUUAAGCGACCAGCAAAUAUAUCCAUCGCAGCCAACCUCAACGACCCGCCGGACCCAUUGCUGUCUGGUAUUACCGGCGUAUCUGCGGGAGGGCCUGCUGAAACCCCACGCACAACGGGCUUCCAGACGCCGUCCACGGCGCAACCGCCCAAGACGAGCACCGAGGGUUAUGAUUUUGUGCAACAAUUUGUGCGUGAGCUGCCAGAUUUAUCGUAUAUGCUUAGAUGA